GUCUCUUUAUACCGCGCUCCUGAUUGGUCCAACCUAAACAUUUUCUAAUUCCAAAGCCAAAACUUCAACUGAAUUUUGGAAAAGGAAUUAUCGAUUUCCCUUUGUUAUUUUUAUACAGCUGUAUAAGUCCGGACACUUGGUCACCGUUGUAUGGAACACUUUGAAUAUUCUUUGAAGCUUGCCACGGAAGAGAUACGUGUUUUGUCCUCCAUCUUUAUCACGUGUAAAAAGUGGUGGGGAGACUUUGAAAAACUUUUACCUAGGUCCUAGACCUAGUCGGCUUUACUCAAAACGAAAAAUUCCAUUCGAAUUAAAGCCUAUUAAGCAACUUCAGUGCGGACAAAUCCAGAAUGACGCCAACAUGCAUUAGUAUAUAUUGCUUCAAUUUUUUUUCUCGUAUUGUACUGUAAAACGAUUAAAUCAGUCUUGUAGAGGACUUUAUGUCAUAUAAAUGAGUAGGCGAACAAAACAUUAUAAAUCUAUUCUAGAUAAUCCUGAAUAAUUAGCAAAUGCUAUAGAUCAAAAACACCAAAGAUAGAAGAAAAAAUCAAAUAAUAUCAAAACAGAAGAAACCAUCUAACCGGUUAUUCAAUAUGAUCCAAUUAUGGAACCUAAAAAGCUUGAAAUUAUAAAGUUGUAAAAGCAUAUUAAACAAUAGUUCAAAAUUAAAUAAUCUUUAUAGAAAUAUUGUAAAGUUUAAAAACGUUUUUAAAGCGAUAUUUAUUUAAUGGAAUAUAAUUUUUUGUGAAGCAAGGGCUAAUAAUCAUCUCCGAAUAAAAAAUGCUAAGAUCAUGCUCAACUUAUUUUUUCCUAAAAAUUCGAUUUAUUACAUUUGCAUCGUUUACUUGUCAAAUUGAAUAAGAUCCUCUUGGUGAAAAACACGUACUACAGUUUUUAUUCACGAUGCACGUUGAACUAGUCAUUCAGUGACUGCUUGUAAAGCCCAUCACGUUGCCUCUGCGUGUUCUUUUGUUAGUAAACAGUCGACGCCAAUAUAGUUAACUGUGAAUCAUCCUGCGCCUCCUCGUAUCUGGCAGUCGAUCUCAAAAUCAGUGUCAAGAACAGCUAACGAAUAACACACGUAACUCCGAACAUGUGCUCACUGCUCCUUCAGGCUCAGUAGAGAAGUAGUCGAUCACGUGGGUCACAAUAUAUAGCGAAUUCAAAUAGUUCGUUAAAUCCUUUAAAUUCAAACGGAUAUGGACUUGUGCAUCAAUAAAAAGGAAAAAAUUAUUUCGGAAACUUCGGAAAAUCAAAAAGUGAAUGAAGAUCGAGAAACAGCAACCAUGAUGUCUAUAAGUUGUCUGAACGAAGAAUGUUUAACCGAAAUCUUCGAGUACUGUGAUAUAUUUCAAACUGCCAAAGUUUGCAAACUUUGGCGAGAAGUGGCACUUCGAUCAUGGCGAACAUUCAAAUUGUACGAUUCAUCAUCAGUCUGGAGUAUCGAUGAAUAUGGAACACUUUAUAUCGAUAGUGAUAUUCUUCAACCACAAUUAAUACGCAGUGGUAGAUAUCUAAAAGCUUUAAUUCUCGAUGAGCCGAAGAGUAAUUGCAUAGAUCCAGGGACAAGAGUACAGAUUCCAGAGUUGAAUGAAAAGUCUCUUGCAAUGAUUCUACCUCAUACUCCAAAUUUACGUUACGUGAAGGCAUAUCUGAGGUAUAACGCUAUUUAUGGAAUCCAAUUUCUAACGAAUUACUGUGAGGAUAUUACGGAAUUAAUUUUAAAUUGCGAAGGAUACUGGCAGUUUAAGGCUGAGAAGCGUUUCCAACACGCUUUAGGUCAGCUGUUUAAGUCGAAGAGGAAACUAAAGAGAUUGAAUUAUAAAGGUUCAAUAAGUGGAGAAUCUUUGGAAUAUUUACCUGCUGAUAUGGAAGACAUUCAUAUACGCAGUUACAGUAUGGGCUGUGAAUCAGUAGUCAAAGGAAUUUCCAAAUUUCACAAGCUGCGGAAUCUGGAAUUGGAUGGAAACUACAACAUUACUGGUUUAUUUAUGGCUCUCCAGGCUUGCUCGAAAAGUCUAAAAGUUUUAAUUUUACGAGGUUGUGGUUCAGUUGACAUAAAAAGAGAAGAAAUCCCCAUACUGUCUAGCCUGGAAAUUUUAGAAUUGCGACAAAAUAGCUGGCUUGAAGAUGACUUUCUUCUCAAGGCUGGAGAACAUUUUAAAAGACUGAAAUCGCUAACGAUUGAAGAUGACAAAGAUUCUUUCAAUUCCUUCAACAAAGGAAUAUGUGGAAUGUGUCAACUGCCACUUGAAGAGUUGAAUUUAAUUCUCUGCAACGAAAUCAGCCCUGCAGUGUCAAAAUUACAUACCUUGAGAAGUCUCAGUCUUGAAUCUACAUUCGUCGAUCUUGAAAUUCUUUGUGAAGUCAUAAAAAAUUGUCCGAAGCUUAAAGAACUUCACAUAGUAAAUUAUACUAAGAAAGAGUGGAAUUAUGAAGUUUUAGAAGCUGCUGCACUGACUGCAAAAAAUCGUGCACCAAAUUCAAUUUUAAAAAUUUGGAUCGAUGGUAAAUUUUGGAAGGCAGUGAAAAAAAGUAUUACAUGAAGGCAUUUAAACGAAACCAGAAGUAGAUUAUACAGCUAUAAAACAAAAAAUAAAAGUCUAUGAGUCGCUGAAUCCGAAUCUGAGGUCAAAAUAGCACUUUUCACGAUUGCUUUUCGAUAUGACCUCACAAAAUCGUAUUUUUAAGUAUACGGUGGUGAAACACGGUUUUAUUAUAGAACAUCUGGAACAUAAACUUUAAACUACUGAUUUUUAAUCAGGGAUUACAUUCAUGAAAAUCAAACGCUAACUUGACUUACGUAU